AUGAAGGCAGAGGUCCCGGGCGCCCAGUAUGAGCUGAAGGACAGUCCCGGCGUCCAGCCCCCGGCCUUCCCGCCCCCUCACCCCGCCUUCUACCCCUACGGGCAGUACCAGUUCGGCGACCCGUCCAGGCCCAAGAACGCCACCCGCGAGAGCACCAGCACGCUGAAGGCCUGGCUGAACGAGCACCGGAAGAACCCCUACCCCACCAAGGGGGAGAAGAUCAUGCUGGCCAUCAUCACCAAGAUGACCCUCACGCAGGUCUCCACCUGGUACGCGAGCGCCCGCCGGCGCCUCAAGAAG